CGGCGCGUACCGAGGCGCGGAUGCGGGCGGUGGCGCGUGGCUCGGAGCCGUCCGCGGCGGCGCGACGGCGCGCGGUGGCGGCGCAGCCGUCGGCUGUGCGAAUCUCGGCGCGGCGGCCAUCGGUGCGGUUCCUCCAGGCGGACCGUAGCCUCGCGCUGGCGCACCGCGUGGCGGAAACCGCUGCCCACCUGGAGGCGGCGGGGGCGGUCGUGGCUGCAUCAGUGGCUGCGCAGCGGUGCUGGAUUUGAAUGUGGAGUAUCGUGCAGAGUUUUGGCGCUUCUCUGCGUGCAGCUAGGCCCACAUUAGUGCUGACCAGCUUGGCUGCCCGUCGAUCGAG